ACUUACAUAGUAGCGGCGUCGACUCUCAAUACUCAUCAAACAUGUCUGGUAACGUUGGCAUGGAACAGCUUAUUCCAAUUGUUAACAAGCUUCAAGAUGUAUUUGCAUCGCUGGGUAUACCAUUGUCCCUUGAUCUACCACAAAUCGCUGUAGUUGGAAGUCAAAGUGCAGGGAAAAGCAGCGUCCUCGAGAAUUUUGUUGGCAGAGACUUUUUGCCAAGAGGUACUGGAAUAGUAACUAGGAGACCACUAGUCUUGCAGCUCUUCACCUCCAGAACUGAAUAUGCAGAAUUUGUGCACACCAAAGGUAAGAAGUUCACAGACUUCAAUAUGGUUCGGAAGGAAAUUGAAGAUGAGACAGAUCGUGUUACUGGCAACAACAAAGGCAUUUCCAAUAUUCCUAUCAACUUGAGAGUAUACUCCCCUCAUGUCUUGAACUUGACCUUGAUUGACUUACCUGGAAUGACCAAGGUACCAGUGGGCGACCAGCCACAAGAUAUUGAACUCCAGAUCCGUAGCAUGCUGCUAGAGUUCAUUUCAAAGGAAAACUGUCUUAUCUUAGCUGUUACCCCAGCUAACACAGAUCUUGCAAACUCUGAUGCUCUGAAAAUAGCCAAGGAAGUAGAUCCACAAGGUGUACGGACGAUUGGUGUUAUCACUAAGUUGGAUUUAAUGGAUGAAGGAACAGAUGCACGAGAAAUCUUGGAAAAUAAGACCUUACCACUGCGCAGAGGGUAUAUCGGAGUAGUAAACAGAAGUCAGAAGGAUAUUGAUGGUCGCAAGGACAUUCGUGCUGCCCUUGCUGCAGAGAGGAAGUUUUUCCUGUCUCAUCCAGCCUACAGACAUAUGGCGGACAAAAUGGGGACCCCUUAUCUGCAGAAGGUGUUGAACCAACAACUUACCAAUCACAUCCGUGACACGCUACCUGCUCUUCGUAACAGACUGCAGUCUCAGCUUUUGUCCAUGGAAAAAGAAGUGGAGGAGUACAAGAAUUUCCGGCCAGAUGAUCCAGCUCGCAAGACUAAGGCUAUGAUGCAGAUGAUCCAACAGUUUGGUGUGGACUUUGACCGGGAUAUUGAAGGCUUUGGGGCUCAGGUGUCCACAGAAGAUCUCUCUGGUGGUGCCAAGAUCAACAGAAUUUUUCACGAACGCUUUCCCUUUGAGCUUGUUAAGAUGGAAUUUGAUGAACGAGAGCUUCGGCGAGAAAUAGGUAUCACAAUCAAGAAUAUCCAUGGCAUUAGGACUGGCCUUUUUACUCCAGAUAUGGCAUUUGAAAGCAUUGUUGUCAAACAGAUCAAACGGUUAAAAGAGCCAUCACUUCACUGUGUCGACUUGGUUGUCAAUGAACUCUCUCAAGUGGUCAGAAAAUGUGGAGAAAGGAUGAGUAGGUAUCCUCGACUGCGGGAAGAGACAGAAAGAAUUGUUAACUCCAGAAUUCGUGAGCAGGAACAAAGGACUAAGGACCAGAUUCUGCUGUUUAUUGACAUACAGCUGGCCUACAUGAACACAAAUCAUGAGGACUUCAUUGGCUUUGCCAAUGCUCAACAGAAAUCUGAGACAGCGACAUCAAAGAGAAAGCUGGGAAACCAGGUCAUUCGGAAAGGGUGGCUGUCUUUGCAUAAUAUCAGCUUUAUUAAGGGUGGCUCUAAAGAUUUCUGGUUUGUGCUCACAUCAGAGAACCUGGCCUGGUACAAAGAUGAAGAGGAGAAGGACAAGAAGUAUAUGUUGCCUUUGGACAAUCUGAAGUUACGUGACAUAGAAGCUGGUUUUAUGAGCAAGAAAUGUGCAUUUGCCCUUUUCAAUGGUACAGAACCAAGAAAUGUCUACAAGGAUUACAAGCAGCUUGAGCUGUCAGCUGACUCACAGGACGAUGUGGACAGCUGGAAGGCCUCUUUCCUGCGAGCUGGAGUAUAUCCUGAGAGAAGUACGGAGGAAGGGGGAGGUUCUGCAAAAGAUGAUUACAGCUCCAUGGAUCCACAGCUAGAACGGCAAGUAGAGACUAUCCGGAACUUGGUGGACUCCUACAUGAAGAUAGUAAACAAAACACAACGUGAUCUUGUGCCCAAAACUAUCAUGCACAUCGUCGUUACAAAUGUAAAGAACUUCAUUGGCAGUGACCUGCUAGCUCACCUGUAUUCCACACCUGACCAGUCUUCCAUGAUGGAAGAGUCUGCAGAAGAAUCUCAGCGUCGAGAGGAGAUGCUGCGCAUGUACCAUGCCACACGUGAGGCUCUGUCUAUUAUUCAGGACAUCACUACCACCACAGUUACCACACCAACACCUCCUCCUGUCAAAGAUGACUGGCUGGAGGCAGCCGCUGGAGGGGGCUCAAAUCCAUACAACGGGCUUCCGCCAUCACCAACCAGACCACGCAACCCACCUCCACUUCCCAAUCGACCAGGGGAUCAGCCAUUACAAGCACCACUUCAGCCAACGCGUGCAGCUCCUGGCAUUCCCAACCGGCCUGCACCUGAUGCUCCCAACAGACCUGCCCCCUCAAUACCAGCACGCCCAAACAGUGCAUUGGGUAAUCCACGGCCCAAAAUUCCAGAUCGACCUUUAGUUCCAUCUCGACCCCAGUGAAUAGUUUGUGUAUUUCUCAUCGCCAGUGGGGUGGUAUUCUAUGAAAGAGACAGAAUGUGACCAUGGUGUGAAAAUUUCAUGGUUACAGUUAUGCAGUUUCUGCUCUUACUAGACCAAAAAAAAAAGAAAAGAUUUAAAAGCUGAAAAAAAGAUGUUUUUGAAGUUGUGUAAAGCAAAUGGAAGAUAAUCAUUCAAGUGCAAUCAUCUCAACAGUGGUCUUACAGAUGAACUUGGUUAAUUCAAAAGAACUGUUCCAGAUUGUUCUAGAAAUUCUCUGCAAGCAGGCUGGUCAUUUGGUCCACAUGUAUCAGUUGUGCUGAAUUUUUUUUUGCUUGUAAUUUAAUGGGAUGAAAGUUUGAAUUUUUAUAAUACCUUCUUAAAUUUUCACCUCUUUUCUUCCCCUAAAAAAAAUACCCUUGGUUUCUUUAAUUGUGUUAACUUUCUAUUAUAGAGACUGACUUCAUAGAGCAGGGGAAGUGCUGAACAACAAAAAAAAUGCUUAAAUUUUGUUAUAUUCAACUGUUUUCUUUUUUUGCAUGGAAAACUAAAAUGACAUGUUAGCAAGCUAUCUAUUUGGUCUGGUAGUGUAAUGGUUAGCCCUUGUGCUAAUACAGUGGGGACUGGCUGUCCUAGGUAAAGAUCGCUUAGGUAUGCUGUUCUUUCUCUGCAUGUGGCACCUGUUUACAGUGCUAGCUGCUUUGCCCUGAUAUAACAUUAUUUGCUGGCUCAGUGUAAAACACUAAUCUCCUCUGAUUCCCUUGACAAGCUGUCUACCCUGAGAUUAAUGGCCAACUGUAAAAUAUACAUUUCAUUCAAGAAUGAAUUUUUCUUGUUAUGAGAGCAUUUGAUCUUUCAAGCAAAAUGUUCAUGCUGCUGACAUUUGACAUUGCCUGUUGGGCUACUAUUAAGCAUGACCCCCCUAGAAGCAAAAAAAUGCAGCCAUCAUUAGCUUAAAAAUGAAUGCUACAUGUGUGAUAGUUUUCAUCUUUGUAGUUUUUUUAUCAAUGCUCCUGCAACUCAAAACUUUUAAGAUGCUUCAUUUACAUCCCUAAACGCAUAACGACCUUGUUGUCUUCUACUAGCAAAAAAGUUUUGCAGAAGGAAUGCUGUAUGCAGGUUACUACUUGCAGCACAAUGAUUUUGUCCAAGUUUUCUCAUUCUGAGGCUACAAUCCUUGGUUUUUCUUUCAAUGGCUGUAAUUAGAACUGGGCUAAAUAUACUCUUUGAAGGGGAAAACAACAGAAAGUCAAAAAAAAAGACCUCAGGCAAACCCUGUGCUUCAAUUCAGUCAUUUCAUCAUAAAAUGCAUAAUUUUCUCUUAGUCAUCUGCUUAGAUGUUUUUAUUAACUUUUUUUUAUACCACUUGCUUGGCUUAUCGCAGCAUUGGAAGUAGGGAUGCAGCAUUGUUCUAUUAGUGGGGCCUUAUGCUCCACUGUGGGCGAAAAGGAAUGAGGAGGAGAAGAAAUCGUUCUAUUAGAAUGGAUGAAACAAACUGCAACAAAAGUGGUAUUUUCUUUUGAGAAAGGAUGACAAAUUUAUUGAAAACGAAAGAGAUUUCAUGUAGAGACAGCAAAUACUUGAGGGAUCCUGAAAGUUUUGUCUUGAUUAAGGAACUUGUAGGUUUGCUUCCAUGUAAUUUUGCAGGUUAGAGUGUUUAAUCAGGGAACAUAUUUCUGUAAAGUUAAAAGACAGACAGUAGGUGAUGUAAAGUUUUUAUUGGUUGUGAUUUAGACACUUAACCGUUACAGUAACUAUCAGUUCUUCUGUCACAUUUCCUUUAGUGACUUUAUAAAGGACACAUUAGCAGCUUGUAGAGAUUUCUCUUCUACCAUUUUUUUAGGCUUUGCUUCUUGUACACAAGGCUUGUGUGGCUUAAACAAAUGAUUAUCACUACAGACAAAUAUCCCUAAUUAUUAGUAUCAGAGCAUUGGAUAUUUGAAUUUAAGCCACAUGGUGUGUGUGUCUCUUCCUGAUCAUAACAUCUGCAAUAAUAAAUGGUGUGUGUCUGCUAUAAUAAUCACUAUUCAUUUUAUAUACAUAUAUAUCUGCACCAUUCACUGUGUUAUGUAAUAAAGACAAGGGUGUAGCAUUACUACCAUUGUGUCAGUUUUGGUAUUUCCAGGUAUUAAGCUCUUCUUUCUGAUCAACAAAUGACCUACAUUAUUUGGUUAAUUUUUGGCUCAAUCUGCUACAUUGCUCGAACAUCAUGUGCUGACUCUUUGAAAUCUGUGUCCAUGAGCGUAUCAAACACAGGCAAGAAGUUGCAGAAAAUAGUGUCAAACAUAGUUGUUGUUCCAAAGCUGAGGCGGAAACUUAAAUAACAACUGCAUCAUUUUCCGUGGUUUUUUUUUUUUUUUUUGCCCUUGCAGUUACCCCAUGUCUGGGUUUAGAUUGUGGAUGUUAGAAAAUGGAACUGACGAGACAUUUGAGUCUCAGUGUAAAUUUGUAUUAUUAAGGUCUCGAGCUAGCUAGGUUGUGUAUUAGCUAGAACCUGCUUAGUCUCUGUGACUUUGUGAAUAUUGCUGUUGCAUAUUAUCACUUCAUGCUCCUCUUCAACGGUAAUAUGUAAUGUUCAAACAAAAAGGAUGGGAAAAUAGAGGAUACUUUGUUUAUAACUUACAAGAGUUUAAAAGGUAUUGUAGUCAUUUUUUAAACUUUUUUUUUUUCUAAAACAUUGUGUUUUGAGCAAGUUCAAAUGUUCCUGAAUUAGUGCAAGAUUAUCCAUCAUCAGUCCAGUUGUAAAACUGAACUGACGAGACAAGAGUUAAUUUUAUUUUUACCAUGUAUUUACUUCAGUCGUAUUAAACCGGCAUCAUAGUAAACCGAUAUCAUGAACGACCAUUUGCUUCUGUACUUUUUCUUUCUUUUUACGCUUUGUCUUCUAGUGAGAAGUAUGCUAUGUAAAUAGGCUUGUCUGUGAACGUUGAUUCUCUGUUUCUCAUAAAUUUGUUUCCAUGGUUUGUCCAAUGUUUCUACCAUUAGAGAUGUGGUAUUCACUCUUCUUCAGUGCUACGAUUUAUGUAGCAAGAAAUUGAAACAUAAAGCUAAGAAUUGCGCUUUCGUUCAGUAAAUUUACUUUUAAAGAUAAAUUGGUACAGGUUCAGUUUUUCAGCGGUGUUAUGUUCACAAAAAAUAACUGAGGGAAAUGGCUUGUUUAAACGGAAACAAGUGCUUUAUUGCAUCGUAAAAUUUCUUUAAGAGGAAGGGGCACAGCUCAAGCUGGUAGCCUUCUUCUUUUCUCAUUUUGUCCAGUGGGUUUGUGGGUUGUGCAUAUUCCAGCUGCGGAUGCAUAAUGUAUUAUGCAGCUGCAGAUGAGUUACUUUUUACAGGUAAUUCAAUCAUUGAUGGCAUUGCAGCAUUUUCAUACUUAUAUGCCUGUUCUAUGGGAGCACUUGAAUGAAAUGGGCUUAUCGUUUCCUUUCAUUUUCAUUAAUUUUAGCAGUGAAACCAAUUAUCAUAUUCUUAUAGUGUACAUUGUUGUUGAAUAUCUUUUAAAAUGUGGUUUUGUGCUGAUUUUGAGUAACUGAUCAUUUUAGUUUUCAUUUUUUUUAAACAGAGAAAAAGGUGAAGUGCAUGUGUGAGGAAACUAGAAUGUACAUGCUUGUGCACAUGCAAACAGAUGCUACCAUGUGUGCAUGUUUCUGACAGCUGCCUAUAUACACAGACAAUGUGAGACAGUGAUAAUAAGAGAGAUCGUGUGCAAUUUUUUUACAUAAGUCUCAGUGACUGAUUUUUUUUUUACUUUUCAUGUACAUAUUUUCUCGCCAUCCAGGCUUUUUUGUAUAUAUAUUUUAAAAAUAGUUUUGUUUGUUCAAUUUUUUUGUGGUUUCCAUUUGUUGUGUGUCUGCAAUGGAGUUUGUGGAACAGGAACACAUGUCAUAAACACAUCAGGUAGCUCAUCAUUGCAGGAUUCCCGUUUUUAUAUGCAUCGCUUAUCUACACCACUUAUGCCAUAGAAUUAGAACAGCUCUUUCACACAAAUGUCGUCAAUCUCUGCAAGUAGUCUGCUCUCAUUACAGCUGUUGUUCCAUGUCUUAGCAUGGUUUUAGUCUGUGCAGUUAGACUUGUUGCAGUUCUUGUCAAACAAGUUCAUAGCUGUCUUUCAUGUCUCUAAUAUAGUAUCUUUUGAUGUGAAGUGUUUUUGCUGAAUGAUUUACACAUUAUUAUAUAGUUGAUUAACAGCAUAUAUAGGUAUCUGUACAAAAAAAAAAAGGUUUAGAUGUGUCUUUAUUCUAAAAAAAAAGUCUGUCAUUCACACUUAAUGCAAUGUGUGAAAGUAGGAUAUGGACCUGGCAGAUUACAGGGUUCACUCUAGUGCUAGAAAAUAUGUGUUAAUAUAGUUCUGCACCACUUCUGUAAUCAUUUAUAUAUUUUUUAAAAAAAGCCAUGGCUUAAUAUUAGUUGAAGCUGUAAAACAUUUCAGAUUUACUCCAGGACAGAAAAUAAUUGAAGUUGUCAUGUGUACUGUUUUCACUGCAGCCUUCUCCUAUCAGAUGUGAAUAGAAAGAAUUGUGGUCUUUCAGCUUACAGCAUACAAGUUUUGACAACACUGUCAUUUUUUGGAUUGGUGAAUAUUGUUUAUAGUAACAGUUUCUUCAGGGCAUUCAGCUCAGAAAAACAAAAAAAUGUAAUUUAAUGAUUGCAGAGUGCAAAGGUGAGAUGUUAUUCACAAACCCUUAGAGUAGAAAACCCUGUAGAGGAAUAUUUUUAGGUAAAAAAAAAAAAUUAGCAAUAUCUUAAAAGUUUUUACUUGUAAAUUGUAAAAUGUCUUUUUCCUAUCAGUAGAUAUCAUGUUCUCGCCACCAUGCACCAGCCUGUUUAGCGGUGAUAGAAUAGCUCUGUACAAUCCAUUAAUAUAGUACUUUUCUGCAGCAUCAGUUGGGCUCAAAGGUGCAAAAACCCACACCUUUUCAGGGUGGGCACCAAAUUCACCUUUGUGAACAUAUGAGCAGACAACACACAAAUAUAGAACACAGUACAACAUAAAUUCACACAGAGGGUGAGGGUAAUCUGAAUACCUUGAGAAAACCACCAAUGGUCAGGACUCUAAAUAGAUUUUACUUCGAGAGAAGCAUGUCAGAGACAAGGUAUGAACAUACAUUACCUGAUUCUCACUGUCUUGGUACAGGUGCUUUAGCUAUUGCACCACUAACCAUCCCAGAUGUAUUUGCUAAAGGUUUGAAAAAAAUUAGAAUUUCACAAUAUAGCACCACUUAAUAAUCAAACUUUUGCAUUUCCAGCAAUAGCAUUACAGACCUUAGGUGGGACUUCUUCCCAACAUCAUCAUUUCAUGCCACCAUCAUCAGUCAUAAUGAGCUGCGUGCAAAUAUACACAAACUUUUGGUUGGUGAAGUGUAGGAUUUUACAGAGAACACAGGUCACGUGGCAACUUCAGAGAUUUGAAUCACAUUUUGAAGACUGUGAAGGUUUAAGUAAUAUAGUAUCAAUAAACAUCAACAGCAGUUUGAAAUGUUGGCCAUUGUCUGGUGAAACUUUGAAAAAUAUUGCUAAAUAUACAGCUUACAUUCUCGUACUUCAUGAGUGAUUUGAGUAGCUUGUUUUGCAAGAUCAGGGAUGGCAGUUUGAUCACCGUUUUACUUGGAUGUGAUAUAAUUUUUGCAAAGCAGCUGUUACAGAAAAGAAGAUUGUUGUGUAAUUUAGUCUUGUAUCAGUUUGUACAGAGCAUCUGUAAAAUCCAGAAAUAAAUUAAUGAGAGAUCCUUGUA